AUGGUAUGUGUUUUUGGCGUAGAGGAUUUCGUCUGGCUCGCUAAGCAUCCGAAGUUAAUGGCUAACAAAAUGAUGCCUUCCUUUGACUAUGGCGUUGUGGAUUGUAUGCACGAGCUUAUUUUCAAUCGUACCCAUCUUGGACAAGUCAAUCACAUAUGGGAUUUGGAUGGAGUACGAAAACCAACCACAUGUGAGCUUACUUUCCAGCUUCGUCAUAAAACUGACCUACAACUUGAACGAAUUAUUAUCGAGCGCUUCAAAUGCUUCAAGAGGUUUUUCGAGUGGUGA